AUGCCUCAACAAGAUAAGCUUAACGCUCAGAAGAUCCACCAAUAUCUCAUGGAGCUUGAUUCUCAGGCUGCUGACACUGGACGCCAUAGAUACACAGCAAAGGAGGUCCAGUAUAUGCAGGAACGACUAAACGAAAUUGAGCAACUCUAUAAGCAAGAUGUACUUGGCGAGUACACUGCUUCGAAGGAUGAUCCAGAGCACCAAACUCAAUCCCAAAUUGCAAACGAGAUCAAGAGUACCAGAGACACAUUGAAGCAAAUGCGCAACAAUGCUCUGUAG